CCCCAAUUCAACGCUUUCCUCCUCUUCCUCCUCGCCCCCACGUCAAGCCGAGUCCGUUCGAGAUCACGGCACAUAUCUCUUCUCAAUCGCCUCCUGGUGUAUCAAUAGACGUGGUCCCAUUUGACCAAGACAGCCACGAUGGACUACUCUGCCUUAUCACACGAUCCGGAUCAUCCCGCGGGUACCUCUCCUUGGGCUUCACCUCGCCCGACUCAAACAACCUUUCCCGCUUCCGUGACUGGCGACAUCCCCCCGGCCCCCUUGCCUCCUCAAGAUCAUUCUCCAUACAAUUCCGCCGCCGAGUCGCAGCCUACCGAAGGACCCGAGUCUCAGGAGAACGAAAACGACUCGCGGGAUCUGUCGGAGCGCUUGCAGAGUGCCCAACUUGGUGAGGCCGGCUAUGCUGGUGAGCAGCCACCAUAUACCACCCAGCAGCAGCCGCAGUAUGGACAACAGCCUCGCUCCCAGCUCCCCGCCCGCUACCAAACAGGCCCGAGGCAGAAUGCUAGACAACCAGCCCCGGUGUACAAAAUCCAAGCGAAAGUUACAGGCUUAGAGAGGACGGGCAAGAAAGACCCCAUUCUUCGAUUCGAUGUUCACACCAAUAUCCCCAAAUUCAGAACGACCCAGUAUCGAGACGUUCGACGUACCCAUGGCGAGUUCGUCAAGCUCGCCGACCAUUUGAUCUCGGCUAAUCCGGAAACGUUCGUUCCUGCGGUCCCUUCCCCACUAACUCCUGCCGGCGCAGGAACUGAGGAGGACGAAAUCAGAGUCAAGUCUUCUCUGCAACGAUGGUUGAAUGUUGUGCUGAGCAAUGACGUUCUCACUCACGACGAUGAGGUGGUUUUGUUUGUCGAGAGCGAUUUCGGUUAUAGCCCUGUGGUUCGGAUGAAGCAGCCCGCAACCGGGGUUCGGAGGAAGGUCUUGAAGCAGUUUGCGCCGCCCCCCGACGACACGCCUGAACUGCAAAAUGCACGGCCCACUGUGAAGAUGUUCUAUCUAGGCACAAUGGAUACUAGCCACAAGGUUGACCGGGUGGUCAAGGCUCGCCGAGGACUUGGUCUCGCAGAAUCCGACUUUGGUGUUAAAUUAGGCCAGAUGCACGUGCAGGAGACACACCCCGGGCUGUCAAAUGCGUACCGGAAAUUAGGAAAGAUCAUCCAGACGGUCGGGGAUUUUCACGCCGUCCAGGCGACCGCCGAGGCCACGACACUCGGAGAUCCGCUAAGCUACCAUUCGUCGGAUGCCUUUAUUGUCAAGGAGACUCUUACCAACCGUCAUAUCCUACUACGAGAGUUGAUUCAAGCUCAGCAGGCUACGCGCAGCAAGCGUGCCGCCGCCGACCGUUUGAAAGUCAGCUCCUCUGUUCGCCCAGACAAAGUGGAUGAAGCUAUCAAUGCUUUGGACGAGGCCCAGAGCCACGAGGACUAUCUGGCAAAGAGAACUCAACGGGUAACCUCGAACUUGCUUUCGGAAAAGCAGCGUUGGUUUGCGCGGACAUCUAGCGACAUGCUGGCGAGCCUGCGCGAAUAUACCAUGCGCCAGAUUGAAGCCGAACGUAGAACCCUGGCUACCCUGGAAAGUGUGCGACCUGACAUCCGGGCCAUUGACGCUUCCGGGGGUCUCAGCCGACUGGGACGUGAAUCCCACCCGGCUGCCCGGAGACCCAACCUUGGGUCCAGUCAAGGCCCCAAGGGUGAUGCGUGGAGCGGAAUACCUCGACGCAGUGACAGUCUCGGCCGGAGCCUGAGUGGCAGCUUUGUUGCCCCUUCACCAACUGAAGAUGAUGAUGAGGUGAAUGGCCAAGGCAAUGGCAAGGGACGGCUACGUUCCGCCAGUGGUGUGAGCUCCAUUGUGGAGGAAGAUGACGAUGAUCGACUAGACGCCCGGAAUGCGGCUAGUCGCCUGGCUACAAGCACCUUCUAAGUAUCUGUAAAUCAUGGGCAUGAUUCUGUGCAAGAUUCCCCUUUGACAUCGGCUUUCUGUUACUAUAAGCACUACUCGAGUUUCUCAAUUCCAGCCCAUCUGUUACCCACUGCGCUGGCCCAUCUCUUCAGAUCACUGUCAUUGUUGAGGAACUAUAUGUUGCUCUAUUCC